AUGACCGUGCGGUACGCGGCGCCCGAGGUGAUCGGCGCCUUCCAGCGGGGCGUGGCCCUGGACCGGGCGGCCUUCCUGCCGGCGGACGUGUACUCGGCGGCGGUGAUGCUGCUGGAGUGCCUCACGCGCGCGGUCCCCUGGCCAAACAUGGACAUGCAGGGGAUUGUAUCCGCCGUACAGGCCGGCUCCCGCCCAAGCACAUCGGCCCUGUCCCCGGACAUGGGGGAUCUUGUGCACGCAAGCUGGCAGACCGAUGCCGGCCAACGGCCGAGUGCGGGUGCCCUGCGCCAGCGGUGCGUCAUGUUCUUCGUGGCAGCGGGCGGCCUUGGCCAGUAG